AUGACUAGGCCUCGAGGAUGGGCGAAGAUGCCAUGCGCAAGGUUCAUGGGCACUGCUAAGGGUGAGGCACUGCCAAGCGAGGUGACCCAGAACCUUGAAGGCGAGGCACUUUGGGCAUUGGCUGGUGGGUGUGCUGAUCAUGGAGAAGGCAUCGCUGUGGGCUGGGCUCAGCCAGGGGAGCACGCAGCGGCAUCGCCAGGCCUUACGCACGGCCUAGCGAGUGUGUUGGAAGAAGGGAUGCCAGGAGUUAGGCACCAUGUGGGGACACGCUAA